UCGAAGUUCGGCAUUUGUAACCGGGAGAGCGAGGCAGCAUGUUGUUAUUCCUAAGUGUGUAUUUAGUGUUGUGCCGGGCUGCGGCUGAAGCAAGGCCUAACAUUAUCAUAAUCCUAGCCGAUGACUUGGGUUGGAACGAUGUAGGGUUCCACGGCAUGAACCAGAUCCCGACGCCGAACAUAGAUGCCCUGGCGUAUUCUGGAAUUAUUCUACAGAACUAUUACGUUAACUCAAUGUGCACCCCAUCAAGGGCCGCACUAAUGACCGGGAAAUACCCCAUACAUACAGGAAUACAACACAGUGCAAUACGCGCAGGCGAACCCUGGGGUCUACCUCUGUCAGAAAAGCUGCUUCCACAGUUCCUGAAAGAAAUAGGGUACAAAACUCAUCUAGUCGGAAAAUGGCAUUUGGGACAUUACAAGAAAGCAUAUCUUCCUAUGAACCGAGGAUUCGACACACAUCUCGGCACUUAUGGACCAAAGAUUGAUUUGUAUGACCACACUAACAUGGAUUUGGGAACGUGGGGUUUUGACUUCUGGAGAGGCUUCGAACAUGCAGAUGAUUUAUUUGGACAGUACGCUACAGACAUUUAUACCGAAGAAGCGAUUAAGGUGGUAAAGGCUCACAACAAAAGUGAACCAUUAUUCUUGAUGGUAUCUCAUUCUGCGAUGCACAGCGGGAAUCCGUCAGAAUAUCUCAGAGCGCCAGAUGAGGUCAUUGAUAGAUUCCAAUACAUUAAUGACACGCAGAGGCGGAAAUAUGCAGGUAUGCUUGCAAAAUUGGACGAGUCGGUUGGUUUGGUGGUAAAGUCGUUACAGGAGUGCGGCUUACUAGAGAACUCCAUCAUUCUAUUCAGUACCGACAACGGCGGAGCUGCACGAUGCGAUCACAAUGUUGCAUCAAACCAUCCUUUGAAAGGGGUAAAAAAUACACUUUGGGAGGGCGGGGUCAGAGGUGCUGCUUUAUUAUGGAGCCCUCUAAUUAAGUAUCCGUCGCGAGUCGCGAACCAAACUUUCCACUUAGUGGAUUGGCUUCCCACAUUAUACAGCGCUGCAGGAGGAAAUGUCAGUGUAUUUGAAAAUAUCGACGGCUUUAACUCCUGGGAGGCCCUAAUAAAUGAUCUGCCGUCUCAGAGGACCAAAAUUGUUCACAACAUAGAUGACAUUUAUGGAUCAGCUGCCAUCACUGUCGACAAUUUCAAACUUCUUAAAGGAACUAAUUUCCAAGGGCGUCGAGACGACUGGUUUGGGCCUAACGCUCGAGAUGGCGCAUAUAACAUCGAUUCAAUUUACAAUAGCAGCUCCGCCAAGGCUAUCGGCAAGAUUGCUAAAAUGCCUACCAAAGACAACAUUACAAGGCUCAGAGAAGAAUCGACAAUAAAGUGCAAUGACAGCAUUCCAAUAACACCGUGCGAUCUCUUGAAAGCACCGUGUCUGUAUGACAUAAAGGUGGAUCCUUGCGAGAAACAGAACUUAGCGUCAGGAAAACCAGAAGUUCUCCAGGCUCUGCUUUUGGAACUCGACAAGGUGAAUAAGACAGCAGUACCGUCGUUGAAAAUAAAGCCGGUCCCGGAAGCCGAUCCUAAGCAUUGGGGACGACUGCUAACCACAUUUGGAGAAGCAAACACAUCAUUAUCUAUAGUUAAAUUAAAAUGAGAAAAUUAUAACAAAAA